UUCACGUUAACAUACUCCAAACCCUUUACGAGCUAUCUCUCUCCCAACCUCCUUCGCCGGGAAAAGUGUAUUUCCUCAGAAAGUUUCUUACUCGGAAAAAUCUCGUCUUCGUAUUUGAAAUCAGAGCAUUCAGUAUGGGAAUUCAAUUGUUUGACAAGGCGGAUCUAUGGAAGAGUUUGCUGUUGCUAAAGGUCCAGCUCCGCGAUCGAUUUCGAAUCGCCGUCGACGAUCAACGUGGCAGAGCCGCGGUUUUAUAUACGGACGGUUACUUCUCUUCCUCCAUCCACCGCUUGGCUGCUCGAUUCCGGAACUUCCGCCGCGAGUCUCUCCCUUCUGCCCCCGCUUUCUAUCGCAGAAGAGUACCUAAAGAUUUGACGGCAGAAGAAGAGUCUGCUAUCUUCCGGAUGCUUCAAGCUGUGGCUGUUCCACUUAUUGGAAACGCUUGCCAUGUUUUCAUGAAUGGUCUUAACCGCGUUCAGGUGUAUGGUUUGGAGAAAUUGCAUGAUGCUUUACUCAACAGGCCAAAGAACAAGCCUCUUGUAACGGUUAGCAAUCAUGUGGCAUCCUUGGAUGAUCCAUUUGUCAUUGCUUCGUUACUUCCGCCUAAGCUUCUACUUGAUGCUCGUAAUUUGAGGUGGACGCUUUGUGCUACAGAUAGAUGCUUCAAAAACCCUGUAACGUCAGCUUUCUUUCGAUCCGUCAAAGUUUUGCCAGUUUCUCGCGGUGAAGGAAUUUAUCAGCAGGGAAUGGACAUUGCGAUUUCGAAAUUGAAUAAUGGAGGAUGGGUUCACAUAUUUCCAGAAGGUAGUCGCUCCCGAGAUGGUGGCAAGACUAUGGGCUCAGCAAAAAGAGGUAUUGGAAGGUUGAUUUUGGACGCAGAUACCCUCCCUAUGGUUGUUCCAUUUGUGCAUACUGGUAUGCAAGAUAUAAUGCCUAUAGGAGCCAGUGUUCCACGGAUUGGCAAAACAGUGACAGUGAUCAUUGGAGAUCCUAUUCCCUUUAAUGACCUUGUAGACACUGAAGGAGCCAAACACGUUUCAAGGAAGCAGUUGUAUGACGCUGUAUCUUCCAGGAUAGGACAAAGAUUACACCAGUUAAAGCAACAGGUUGAUAAAGUAUCUCUGGGAGCACAAUAUUCAGAAGAAUCACCAGCCCUUCUUGGUAAACAAAUUUCCCAAACCGAUGUCGUCUCAAAUGGUUUGGACUGUCAUGUUCCUAAAAGGGGAUUGCCAUCCGAAGGAAGCAUCAGCCUGAAGGUUAAGAGGUUUCUGGACUCUACAGAGAUCAUGGGGUUUGCAGCUAAAGGGUUGUUUCAGAGCAAUUACAAGAGUAGGGGUGAAUCUGUAAACUUUGGUGAAAUCCGGGGUUUAAAAGCAUGGAGAGAGUAUUAUGAUGUUAACAACGGAUUACAAAAACUCGAUUACACUUACUAAUUUGCAUUAUGAUCAUUAGUUUAGUUACAGAAGCUCGGUUUUGAAUAACAGAAUUUUAUGGAUAAAUGUGCUGUACUUAAUGUUUGCGCU